GUGUAGAAAAUAGAGCUGUGGUAGAAUUUGCCAUAUACCAAAAAUUACCAAAAGAACAUAAGAAACUCGAUCCGAGACAAGGAACUAUUGAAACUGAUCCGGAUUACCUUGCGUUCCUCGAAUCUUUGAAAGCUGAAGAAUCUCAACAAGCCAAUUCUAAAGAACCAGGUGCUGCAUUAGAAGGUGGAGCCACACAAUUAGAAAGAUUGGAGACUCGAUUAUCAAUGGCUGCUGCAAGUUCGGCUUCUAACGCGGCUGAAAAGCCGACAUCAACGCCUCUCCUUGACCAUUUACGUGCUCAAAAAUCGAAUGCAAAGUCGAAGUCGCCACCACCCAAACAAUUGGCUAUUCUUUCUCCACCUGGAUCGCCUGCAAAGGUAUCCGGACCUAAAGCCAAGCAAACUCGAGCGGCACAAACUUCAGACGUCGUGGGCCGGGAGGAGGGUAUGGAAGAAAAUGAGCAAGAAAAGAAUAAAGAAUUAUCAGAUCAAAAUAAGGACAAGGAGAUGGAGGCGGCCAAAGCCGAAUCUCCGGUGAUUACUAUUUUAACCAAAUCGCAGUCACCUGAAGACGUAAAAUUCGACACAAAAGAAAAGGAGUCGAAAAGAGGUGCACCAGUCAAGAUUACAAUUCAGCAACGUCAAAAGGAUCAAAUUCGUCAAAUAAUUCAACGCCCUACAACCCCUUCUGUCAAGAAAGAUGUCGACGCAGCAGAUAAACCUACAGAAGUAUCUGCUAAAGAAUCAAUAAUUACACCAUCAGAAAGUUCACCUGAAGUUGUUGACGCACCCAGCUCAGCUCCUAAGGAGCAUGCACAUAACCGUCGUCGUGAGAGAGAUCGAAACAGAAAGCAGAGCGCCAGUGUUAAGCAACCCGUUCAGAUUCAAAUAUUAACAAAGUCUCAAUCGAAAGAUAUCUCCGCAGAAGAUAACACGAGCAUUUCUAAUGAGCCUCCAUCAGCAGUUUCAGCACCACCCGAUUCCGAGGCUACCGGUCAAUCCAAUAGUUCAAACACACAGCCAUCACAGGUAACCAAUAAUAUGCCACCCCCGUCGCGAAGGAACGGGAGAGGUUAUUUUUCAAAACGAGGUAGAUGGUAA